ACCUUCAUAUAUCCAGAAAUACCAGAAGUCCAGAUCCCUCUCUCUCUCUCUCUUCUUUUAUAAGAUCUCUCUCCCUCUCUCUCAUUUUCUGCGAUUCCACCGCUGCUCUUCCAUGGCUCGAUCCGUCUCCCAGACCCUAAUCCGAAUCUCCUCUUCUCCCUCGUUUCUCUCAACUAAAAGCCCAUCUCUCGCACUAUCUUCACGCUUUCUAAACCACAGGAAUAGAUCGAAUCGUUCCGAGAAAGCGCAGCUGAUCGAGGUAGAUCUCGAUUCCGAGAACGAAGUCGAGGUUCUGGGAAUGAGAAGACUUGAAGAUGCAAUCCAUGGAAUCAUCGUUAGAAGAUCGGCACCGGAUUGGCUUCCGUUUCUACCUGGAUCGUCUUACUGGGUUCCUCCUCGGAAACGGCCUCAUGGAAUCCUUGAGUUGGUUGGUAAGUUAGCGAAUCCAUUGACGGAGGAGGAAUCGCUUUCUCUUUCAACUGUUCGUGGUUGGCCUUCGUCUGCAUAUUUUGUUGAAGGUGCAUCUCCAUAUCCGGUGGAUUGUGAUACUAAUACAAAGAAAACUUCCCAAUCCGAGGAUGAGGAAGGAUGAACUGCAUUCCUGACAAAGCUCAUCACUCUGUAUAUAAAGAGAAGGGGGAAAAAGAAAGUAGAUGGAGAAUGUAUGGGUCAUGGAUAAACAGCGAGCAUAGUAUGGGGAAGUUGUACAGAUUAUAACCUGGGUGGUUCCUGGGAGAUCAAUCCUGUAAUGAUGUUUUGGAAAACCACAACUACAUUCCAGAUACUAACCCAUGGUCUGUGACGCUAGACAAAGAAGUAAUUUAUUGUUUUAAAUGUCGAAAGCCUUACACAGUAAAUUACUUCACAGAAAUCAUAUUGAAUAUAUCCGUUUGCACUUCA